AUGUGGUUGCCUUGGGCAUUAGCGCAAAGACACACUCUGGUUCAACAGUCUGCAAUUGGUGAGGGUGCUGUUCUAUCGACCAUAAAAGUAAACUCUAGUUGUUUCAUCGACCGUGCUGGAAGUAAUUUAAAGGAGCUUCUUGUCAUAAAGUCUAUUUUUUCUAAAGAAAGAAAUGGGUAUGGACUUUUUCUUGGAAGAGAAGCUUUGUCU